GAGCAUUGGUUUUUCUACUGUUUGGGUGUUUACACUGUGAUAAAGCGGUAGCUUUCGGCUAAAAAAUAUGUUUAUUAUUGCUAGUCACAACUUAGGAAAAUCAGACCAUUCCGUUAAUAACAAAAAAUAAUGUAGGAGAAACCUACAAAUUUAUUAGAAUAGAAAUAAAAUGCACGUGUUUACACUUUUUUGAGGUUAUAUAAUUGACAUUUUCAAUCUAACCUCAAAUUUAUAAUCAACCGAUAGUCCUACAUUCUUCUUAAAAAAAUAAGUAAAAUGAAUAAAAUCCAUCUGAUUUUUAUGUUCCAAGUGUUUUACAUAAGUGGCGUGAUUAGUUCAUGUGAAAAUCCGGAAAUCAAAUCGACGAGUUACACAACUCAAGACGCAACAAUCCUUACUCACAUUGCUUACAUUUCCGAAUUUACAGUGAAAUGUGGAUCUGGAUCACUUGCAAAUUUGUAUUCUCUACUGGGAGACACAAUUCAGCCAGUUGGAAUGACGGGACCGAACAAAUAUCAGAUAAGUUGGACAGAAGAAGUGAAGAAUGCCAGAACUGGGGAUAUCACUAUUAAACUCUUUGACGACGAUGGUUAUGCUUUGUUAAGGAAAGCACAGAGAGCAGGAGAUGAUUUGAAUUCAGUUCCGCAGUUUGGUAUGAUCACAAUCAAUCAUUCAGGAACUUACAAAGGGCCAUGGAUUAGUUGUGAAUGUUUAGCUGUUGCUUUUUCACUCAUUGUGUGUUAUUAUGCGAUUCAUUUCAGGUCAAAGCUUUUGGCUUGAAAAUAAAAUAUUCACUGACAA